UAUGAUUUGUUUCUCCCUGCUGGAAGCAUUGAACCAAAUCCAGCCUGUUCAAGAACAGCAACACAGCCCCUUUUCAGUUCUUAAACCUCUCUCUAUUCACACUCUUCUACAACUUCAUAGUAAUUUUUCCAAAGAAAACCCGAAGGCAAUUCAGGAAUUGAAAGAACGGAAGGGUGGAAGAUGAGCGUGAUCGAUAUAUUGACUCGUGUGGACGCGAUCUGCAAGAAGUACGACAAAUACGACGUUGCGCAGAAGGACUCUAACGUCUCCGGCGAUGACGCCUUCGCCCGCCUCUACGCUUCCGUAGAGUCCGACAUUGAAUCCGCUCUUCAGAAAGCGGAGACAGCUUCCAGUGAGAAGAAUAGGGCGUCUGCUGUAGCGAUCAAUGCCGAGAUUCGGAGGACGAAGGCCAGAUUGCUUGAAGAGGUCCCCAAAUUGCAAAGAUUAGCUGUUAAGAAGGUUAAAGGACUUUCAACAGAAGAACUUGCUGCCCGCAAUGAUCUGGUCCUUGCAUUGCCUGAUAGGAUUCAAGCCAUUCCUGAUGGCUCUGCAGCUCCACCUAAACCAUCUAGGGGUUGGGGAACUUCAGCUCCUCGUACAGAAAUCAAAUUUGAUUCAGAUGGACGGUUCGACGAUGAAUACUUUCAGCAAACUGAAGAGUCCAGCCAGUUCAGGCAAGAGUAUGAAAUGCGAAAAAUGAAACAGGACCAAGGAUUAGACAUGAUCUCUGAAGGCUUGCAUACAUUGAAAAACAUGGCCCAUGACAUGAAUGAGGAAUUGGAUAGGCAAGUUCCUCUUAUGGAUGAGAUUGACACUAAGGUGGACAAGGCAACAGCUGAUCUUAAAAAUACAAAUGUCAGACUGAAGGACACAGUUAACCAGCUGAGAUCUAGUCGAAAUUUCUGCAUUGACAUAAUUUUGCUGUGUAUAAUUCUUGGGAUUGCAGCCUAUUUAUACAAUGUGUUGAAGAAAUGAACAUGAUAGCAACAUCUGAUGGAUUGAGCUGCAUGAUGUCUUUGGUAUUCUCUUGCUCCGGUUCACAGUUUACAUGCUUGGUUGUGUAACUUGUAUUUGUGCAUUGUGUAUGUCUGCGUUUCAUGAGAAGUAUGCUUACUCCCUUUAAUUCCUCCUACAUAUUUGAGUUACGGGAUUCUUGUAAUACAAUUACAUACUGUUGUUCUUUAACUCAUUCAAUGUAAGCAUUCAUUCUUUGGUAAUUAGAGGUCAGAACUUUGUCUUCAUUCUUUGGUAAUUAGAGGUCAGAACUUUGUCUGACUUGUUAUAGAUGAACAAAAUGAUGUUUUGGAUGUAUAUUGUGUUUGCAAACAAUUGUUGCUCCUUUUAAGAACAUUUAUGAAACUUCAUGUGUGACUUUUCCAGUUUA